CAACAAGGCUGAGACCCGGCUCCUCCUCGGCCGCCCAUGUCCCAGCUGCUGCCCCCCGCGGGGGAGGCCAGGAGGGGCCCUGAGUCGUUGAGGCUUCUGUGUUGCUGAAGUCCCUAUCUAGUUCACCCAGUCUUCCAGACCGCGUGCUCCAUGCUUUGAGACCAGGAGGACCUUGGUGUUCUGAAAUGAAGAUGGAGGCAGUGGGAAAAGCAGAAGAACUUGUUGAUUCAGAAGUUCCACCAAAGACUUCUGAAAAGCAAGAGACUGCUCCUGAUGAAGACGGACCUAUAGAACUCGAGACACAAACUCAGAAAGACAACGUGCCCACUGCAGCAGACUCUGCGGUGCUCUCUUCAAUGCCUUGCUUACUGAUGGAACUGAGGCGAGACUCCUCAGAGUCUCAGCUAGCAUCUACAGAGAGCGAUAAGCCAACGGGUGGUCGAGUUUACGAGAGUGACUCUUCUAAUCAUUGCAUGCUUUCCCCUUCUUCCAGUGGGCAUCUGGCUGACUCAGAUACAUUGUCUUCCACAGAAGAGAAUGAGCCCUGUCAAGCUGAAGCUGCUGUAGAGGGAGACCCUUCUGCGGUGUCUGGGGCUGCAGUUGGGAGGAAAUCCAGGCGAUCCAGGUCUGAAAGUGAAACUUCAACAAUGGCUGCCAAGAAAAACCGACAGUCUAGUGAUAAGCAGAAUGGUCGAGUUACCAAGGUAAAAGGUCAUCGAAGCCAAAAGCACAAAGAAAGAAUCCGGCUCUUAAGACAGAAACGGGAGGCAGCUGCUCGCAAGAAGUACAACCUGCUGCAGGACAGCAGUACCAGUGAUAGUGACCUGACGUGUGACUCGAGCACGAGUUCAUCAGAUGAUGAUGAUGAAGAGGUUUCAGGGAGCAGCAAGACAAUCACUGCAGAGAUACCAGCUGGCUUCAGUCGUGCUGGGGGAUCUGGAGGAGCGACCAGGGAAAUUCCAGGAUUGCUUGACAGGGGCACCGUGUGGGAUAGGAACUGCAUAGGCAAUGUCCUGGAAGAGGCCAUGAACUGCUUUGCCGAAAUGCAGAGGCAGACAGAGGAGAAAUUUCGCAUGUGGAUAGAAAAGCUAACCCGUCUUGACACGGAUGAAGAAAGCAAGCAACAACUGGAGCCCAGGGAACCUAAAAUUCAACUAGUUGGCCAAAGAAUCCCCCCUACCACACAGUCAGGGGCUUUCAUACAGAUGCCUGAUAGCCAAGUACUUCCACAGCAGUCAUUUAAUUCUUACGUGGGCUAUCAAAAUGUCGAUGCUACGCUAGAGUUUCCAGCGACUUUUAAUAACAAUUUUCCACCUAUCUUUCCAGAGAAUGGGAAUAUUGCAGAGCCUGAUCUGAAUCAAUCAUAAACUUAAAAUCUAAUCUUUGCAAUCUUGAUGUUACUUUGGAUUAUGCUAAAAAUAAGGUUUGCUUUUCUCUUUGUAUAUGUUUGUUUUGUUUUUCUCUUUUGCGUUUUGUUACCAUGGUAUCAUUUUUUUUAAUUUAUAGAAAAUAUAUAUGUAGUUUAAAAAACCCCACAGUAUACCCACGUGCAUGUGCCAGCACACACAUACAGACACCUUUAAAGGUGGGGGGGGGGGAACCACCCUAAGCUUUCAUCACCAAACUUGGGAAAAUAUAACUUAGAAUCCUUGUUUAGAUACCCCAAAAUCAGUAGAGCUAUGUUUGCUACAAUAGGAGCACUCAGAGUAUUCAUCCAAAUGCUCUUUUUGCAUGUUAAAACAUUUAUAUAAGGAAAUAAGUUUUAUAUUUCAAGAUGUAAAGUACCCUAGAGAACCAGACUAGAUACAGACCCAUUAACAUUUCCUUAACUAUCUGUUUACUCCCAAGUUUUGCAACUUGAAUGUCACACAUUAGUUUUUUCUUCUUCCUUUUUAGGCAGAAGUAAUAAAUAAGCUUACCCUAAAGAUUUAGCUAUAUAUAACAAAUGUGCACAACUGAUUUUUUUUUUUGUCUCCCAUUUAGUAGUUCAUUUUCUGUCCAGAGUUUUUAAUGUCACUGCUGUGUUGCACAUGGCAUAUUUAUGGAAGCAGCUGUCUUACACUGUGUGCACAAAUACACACAUGUAUACAUAUAUAUGUGUUCGGUUUGGGUGGAAGUCAUCUCCUCUGAUUUUAGGUGUCUAGUUUGCUGUCCUGUGGAUCUCCUUCCGAGUCAAUGGGAAGAGGUAGACACCUACAGAGGAUACCUCCUGGCAGUGUCUUUCUCUUCCAUUAGUUGUCUAAACGUCCCUUAAGAACAGUUUAGGAUAGAUAACUUUGGGCUAAAGUUAGGUGAGAUGAAUCACACCCAACUGUGUGUGCAUGCAUGACCUGUGCACACAAAGGACUGCUGCUUCCUUCUGUAUAUAUGAUCAAACUGCAUCCUUCAUGCUGGAAUAGUCGUGUCAGUCCUAAGAUAAGGAGCCGUUGGUGGAUGGGUUGAGCCUUGGCACAGGAAUUUAAAGGAAGGCUUGACAGUCAGAUUAGCAAACACUGUGGUGGUCUGGAGGUAUGGGUUGCUGGUCUGGGUCAGACAGCAAAAGCUUCUUCUGAACCACGUUUGAAUGCCACUGAAAUCAUUAUUUACUUGUGAUGGGGAAUGCCAGAACAUUAGUUUCAUUUAAAUAAUACAAUAACUUGCUAUUGUGUGGAUUUUUUUUAUACUGAUAGUUAUCCUGAAUAGGCAGGCUUGAAACUGUGAUGUUUAAAGUAGGAUUAAUUUAAACUAUAUAUAUUAGAAAUCUCUAUUUAAUUCUUCCUGUUAUCACUACACACAGGGAUUUUUUGGUCACCUCUCCAUUAAGGCCUUUCUUCAUGUGAAGUAACUUCUCUGUAGCUACCAAAAAUGUAUAUUUAUCAUCAGUUACAACUUGCUAAAAGUUUCUACUGCAAAUUAAAUCAAAAUUCUAAUAAUGGAAAUUGAAAGUCUUUGCAUAGACAUAGUUUAAGUAAAGAGAACACUAUAGGUCUCCUUUAGCUCUGUUAUUUUGCUUUUUAAACCACAAUUUUUUAUUUUUUCUAAUUUAAUGUAAUUACUUUUCUUCCUGUUGGAAGUAACCACUGUAUCUUCUGUAGGUCUGAUUUUUUUGGUUUUUUUCCUCCCUGCAGUCAGUGGGAGUUUUUCCAUCAAUUUAUAUGAGGAUUUGGAUCAAACCUGUAACAGGAACUCAAGAAAUGCUUUUUGUUAUCAGUAUAAUACUAACACUGGUGUUUUAACAUUAUUCUUGGCCCAGACUUUUUUUAAGUAUGUGAUGCCUUCAUUAAAAAAAAAAAAAGAGGUUAGAGAGCUGUGUUAUUUUCAGAGUAACUGUUUGAAAGACUAUGCAGGAGAUAAUUUUUAAGUACUGGAAUAAAUUCUUUACGGAUCACCUUCAUGCAUAAUUUUGAUACGAAGAUUUUGAUAUGAACUUGUAAGAAAACUCCCUCGUCUGACAUUGUGUGCGUUUUUGACUUCACUAUAGGUAAAAAGUUAAAUGAGUUAUUUUAUGUUUGAUUGCAAUUUAAUAAACUUGUCCUCAUCUGUUUAAAAUUUAAGAUCCUUCAGGGAAGAUUAUUUGCUGAUAUAAAAAAAAAAAUCAGAUCCUUCUGGUGUUCAUAGAUUUGAUAUAUAUAUAUACCUUUAUGACAAUGGUAAGAGCAGCAUAUUUUAAAGCAUGACAACUUUACAAGUCUUCCCAUGCAUGCAGAAGCAGCUUUUUGCAGUGACUGAUUUCUUUUAAUGUGUAAGAGUCACUUAACUCAGUAUGUCUGUAAGCAUGCCCUUAACCUUUUUUAUAAAAUAGUAUAUAUGGAGCAAUUAGGUAUUUCAAAACAAAUUGUGUAAGGAGAUCAGUUGAACUUAUUUCUCUCUCAGACUGAGACACAUUUACAUACGGAUCUCAUAAAUGGAUAACAGCUUUGUUAGGUAUGUAGCCAGUGAAAUUUCUGCCAAUCUUCAAUGUCUUGGUUAGGUAACCUUUAAAAAAAAUUAAAAGUAUUGAAAUAAUUCAGUGUAUUAAUAGAUAAAAAUUCAGAUUUUGUUACUACAGGCAAAAAUUAAAAACUUUCAAACAUUUUUAUCCAUUACUGUUAAUUGUUAUUUUCAGUGCAAGCAGGUGUGAACGUGAAAGACCAAGCAGAGGAUUAUAGCAGGUGAGCAUACAGACUUCAAAGCUGUACUCUUUCUAGGAUAAAAUUAUUCCAAGGCACCCAGAAGACUGAGGGAAUAGUUUGUAUUAGAUAUAAAUUUAACUUAAUUUCCCCACAAAAGCUACCUAGUGUUAAGAACACCUGUGCAAGACCAAUGGUUGUAAAUGGUUUUGUAAAUGGUAAAUUUUAUUUUGUUUGGUCGCUCUUUUCGCUUGCCUCAAAACUGGAGCCAGAUCUUCAGCUGUCAUAAAUCAGCUCCUUUGAAAUGAAAAGUGUGCGUUGAUUUACACAGUUGAAUAUCUGGUCCAUUACCUUGUUUUCCAUGUGAAGAAGUAUGUUUCUCCUUCUAGGAACUGAGAGGGGAACCCCACUUUUCUGUCGUUCAGGUGUAGCAUAACUUACCUGAUGAAGGAUUUGGCAGGCUGUGCAAUUAAACAGGAGCAUCUCUCUUCUUGCUUUGUAUUGUGAAUUUGAAAGAUGCAGAGCACUGAAGAAACCAAUGUUCAGAUACCAAUACUAGUGAUGAGUCUGUAUGUUAAAUGUGUGCGCAACAGCCUUUGGCAUCUCUUUGAGAAAACGGAUUCCGAAUACAUAAUUUCAGAUUUUAUUUUUUUUGUCUCCUGGAAAUAUUUUUGCUAUAUUAUAUGGCUGCAGUUAAGUUUGUCAUGAUUUCCAUUAUAAGCUCUUAUUUUCAAAGGGCUUUGACUAGAAACUUUCAGGGAGUUAAAAUUUCUUCAGCUGAAAUUUUAACAUAAGUUUUAAUCUCAUCUAUUCUGUACUUCAUUAAAGCAGACUGGCCUUAUUUAAGAUUACCAGAAGGAAACUCUUCUACUUUCCAGCCCAGAGUUACAUUUUGAAUGUAUGUUUUUGCUCACAUCUCAACAAAUUACUUCAAAACCACCAAAUUUAACAAGGAGAGGAGAAAUCAGUAGGAGUUUUGCACAGACGUGGGGAAUCGCAGAUGAUAAUUUAGAGUUUCUCUAAUUGCCCUAGGCUUUAUACUUCAGAAUGGAGUAAAGAAACAGUCUAGUUUCUUUAAAGAAUUUUACUUAUCUUAUGGUUUGAAAGAGUAAAUGCAUCAACUCAGAUCAGCUGGUGUAGACUGCUGUAAUUCUGGGGAAGAUGGUGCCAGUUUAACCCCAACUGGCCUAUUCAAAUUCCUAUAUAUUGCCAUUUUUAAUAUCAAAUUAUAUGUUUUCAGUGUGGCAGCUGUUUCUGCAUGGGAGUAACUGAACACCUGUAUGAUGGCAGUCGGGGUUUAGUAGCAGGUGAAACACAGCUACUUUGUUAGCAAUUUUUGUGCAAGUGCAAAAGAAAUAAGUCCUUAUAUAAAGGCUCAAUUUAAAUGUCACUAAAUGUGAAACUGACAAUUCAGUAAAUGAAAAAUUAAAGGAUCUGCUCCUAGAGUUGGACCCUAUGUAGGAGUCCUUGGAAGUCCAGGGGCUUUAGUGUGCACUGUUUUUGCAGGCUUGGCUGCGGGUUCUUCCCCAGGCAUUUGUGCGGCUUCCCUCCCUCGAGCGGGGUUUGGUAAGGAAGGUCUGUAGGAAAUUCCACCCUUCACGCAUAGUUUUAUCUGAAGGUUUGGGGUUUUGCUUCACAUGCUUCUAACAAAACAUCUGAUUUUUCAGGUUUUGUUUAGCAAAAUAAAAAUAUAAGGUAAUAUACCACAUAAAACAAAUUCAAGUAAAGGCAGUGAAACUUUAUUCAGUUUUUCUAUUGCAAACAAUAACUGAGCAGGGGGAAAAAAAGAAAAAUCUUAAACCUUUCAGAUAUACUGCUCUUCAGUGUUAUUUUUAAUAGUGUUAGGACAGAAUAAAUCAGGCAGAAAUAUACAUAUCUGGUUUUUUAAGUUCACAGUGUCUUGUAGUGUUUUUGCAGGAUGGUUAGGUUAUUUUAUCUGAGCUGCUAGAGUUAAGACUGGAGGACCAAUCUUAACUUCAAUGAAACGGGAUUAUAUUUGGCAGUUAUUUUACAAAUUGAAAUGUAUUUAUUAUCACUGAUUUCUCUUGUUAAUAUAUUUUGUCUCUUUCUGUAUCCACAUACUGUACAUCUCUUUUUUUAAAGGGCAUUAAGAAAUUGAAUCCUAGCCCUAUUAAAAGCAGUAGAAAAUUUCUACUAAUUUCGAUGGGGCUAGCAUUUCACCUCAUUAGAAGUUGAACUUAUUCUGCAGUUUUUGGUCAGAGAAUCGUUCAGCUGACUUUAAGGGGAGGCUUUGCCUGAUAAGUGUGUGUAAAUCAGGCCAGUUGAGUAGAUGUUUUUAAAAUAACUGAGGUCUGCACUGUGACCACUGCAGUUACAUUUGGAAACAUUAGAACAAAUGCACUGUGUAAUUUGUACUGUAGAAGCUAAAAUAUUCAGGCUGAUUGAUAGAGAUGGACAGUACCUUGCAAAACAUGAAGCUAGAAACCGGUCUUUCUCACAAAUUUUAUUAGUCUCAUAGUGUUAGAUCAGCAAAAUUGAAGGCACAUGGAAAAUAGGCUUAUUAAGUUAGAAGCAUUUUCAAGCGCUCGGUUAAAUCUCGCAGACUGAUUGAGCAGGAGGUUAGUCUGGACCAUCAAAAGUUUUGCAUCAAGGCUGUAUCAGUCCUUCCAUGGGAAGAUGCAGUUUACUUGUAAAAAUGUGAUGUUUUCUGGAGGGGUGCGUACAGGGUGCGUGUUUGCCUGCCUUUUCCUAAUGUAAGUUGUAUUUACAUAGGCAAUAUUCUUUUUAACUGUCGUAGCUAUGUAAGAGUAGGGUGUGACGGUUUCCAAAACCCUACUGAUAGGCUUUUGCAAGUAAAACUGGAGAAGAGAUCUGGCUAAUAUAUCUGCUUCCAUAAUUAAUGAAUCAUAAGGUGGCAUCAGGGAAAAUAAAUCCUAUCAUGAGAUACAGAGUGCAUGCCACUUCCUGGUAUUUUCGAUACACAGCCAUGUUCCAUGUGCCUUUGCUUAACGCACAAUGCAAAAGACUUUUUUAUGUCUUUAUAUAUAAUUUGGUAAAAAAAAUCCAAGAUAUUUUCCAUCUAGUCAUCAAAAAGCCCGAAAGAAUGAAUGUUGAUCAGCAAGACUUGAAUUUUUGAGAUCUCUUUUGAUGUGAUAUAUUAAAAAUGAUCCAGUCUGAGAACAGAUACUCAUUUGAUUGUGUUGUUUUGAGUUUAUUAUUUUAUUAUGGUAAAAAAAACCAAACACAAAAGCUUUACUGUGUGAAAUGAAGGAAAAUGUGAGGAAAGUGGAUUCAUCAAUAACUUUUUGUUCACUUUAUGACUCUAGAGAGAAUGUUGUUACACUACUAUUGUUUUUUUUAUUGUAUUUACAAUGUAUUCUUUGCCUAACCCUGUAAAUUUUGAAAUGUAACUACUGUAACCUGGAAUAAAUAAAUAAAUAUAAAUAGAAGCAAAGUGUUUCAUGUUGCUAAACAACAUAA